GGGUUCGAUGUUUGAGGCGAUCAUAAGUAAUAGAUAUAAGGGCUUUAAUUUGCAUUUUAAAUUUAGCAAUUUACGCCAUGGAUUUUAAAAUUGAAAAGGUCUGUGCAUUAAAAUGGAAAACAUCAAUCUUCUACACAGGCAUACUAAUCAUACUACUCUUGGUACACAUUGUUCACGGACGAGAAAACUUCUACCCUGUUCAGUCCUGCACCGACAUCACGCUGGCACAGAUCCCAGACGAGGUGAAUCAAAAAUGUCUAGAAAAGAAUCGGGUCAUUCACUGCUUGCCAGAUGGCGAUGAUAUGUUGGGACUUAGCUGUUUCCCUAUUGUCUGGAUAGCAAAAGGUAAAUGUCCGUAUUACAACAAGUAUCAAGAAAACCUGGAUGAGAAGCCGUGCACAGGAGAUGCUGAACUUUGCCCUCCAAAACAGUUCAACUCUCCAUUGUCUGUCUUAUACAAAGGCUGUUACAUAAAAGAACUAACAACAACAAGAGCGACAUCUACAGUAGCAACGACAACACAGUCAAUGUCGACUGAAAGCAGAGAAUCAUACCAUUCAACGCAUGCACCAAUGUGUGGAAUCUCGCGGACUACGUGUAAUGAAUCCAUGUUGGAAAUGAAUUCCUGUUCAACAGAAACUGGUUUUUUGAUUUUCUUUAUCAUCACUACUGUCUCUCUCGGUAUGGUUAUCGCUGUGUUGAAGAUACCGAGAUUAAACGUGUUCUGCAGAAAUAUAGUGAAAUGCUGUAGAAAAGAAAAUCCAAAAGGAGUUAUGAGAUUGAUCACUGUUCGUUAUCUUCACCUUGCAUUCACACCUGAUGCUGAGCGUUUGGCGAUGGAACUGUCACUACCUGUUACAACGACUUAGGUCUGUCGCGGAAGGGAUUCGUGCUCCGACCUUCCGCUUGCGGGGCGAACGCCCUACCUCUAAACCUCCACGGCGGUCAACAUGUAAUGAAAAGAUGAUAAAGGGAAGAAAACAUUUGAUACCACGAUAUCUCAAUGAAUCGUUUUUCAUCAACAUUAUCACUGCACCAGUAAGAGGGUGGGAAUUGCACCACGCGCUCGUCCUUUUCCGUAACCGGUUACGGAAAUAGCCGAGUAGUUACGAUUGGGGAAGGGGUUAAUCGAUUUGUAAGGGGUUAUCGUGAUUUUACCGAUAUAACUGCUUUUGUGUACUUUUAUAACUCCGUGCAAUUAAAUCGAGAAUAUUAAAGCAGCAAUAAAUAUAUCUGCAUUUGAAUACGGAAUAUCGGAACCAUUAUUUCGUCUCUUAUUCCGUCCCGGUUUUAAUAUUUAGUAUGUCCAACAAGAUCGCGUUUUUUUGCGUGAACUUGGGCAACUUUUUUUUAGUAAACAAGCACAUGUAACUUACUUACUAUCAGAUAUAGUGAGUUUAGGGACAGUUUAGCGUCGUAUUUGAAAGGUGAGGGGUGGAAAACAAAAGAAGAAAAAAAGCGGCACCCGUUGUAUUAAUAUGAAAAAUCUUAGCAAGAAAAGCUGUUCUCCUCAUACUCCUAAAUCGUAAAGGGGGGUGGGGGUGGUAUCCUUUAGUACAUGUAUGAUUUCCAUCAAUUUAACCUUACAUUUACACUACCAUUCACCAAUACUAUUAACUAUAUAAAGUGACCAGCUAAUAAAUCGAUCUUUGCAUUUACUAAUAACAAAUGUAUGUAAUAAUUUAACACGAUGUCAGGAAAAAAAAGGGGGGGGGGGUCUGGAGAUCUUUUGUUUUGUCUCCGCUGCCAAACAUCAGUAAUUUAAUCCAAUAUCUCAUGUUUUGGUACCAGGGCAUUCAUUUGCAACAUUCUGAAAAAUAAUCUUCAAACCAGGCAGAUAUUUUUGUAUCAGAAAUGAGUUGUCUUUAGCCAUCACCAAUUUGUAUGUACAAGAGUUGCCCAAGUGACGUGGAAUAAAUGCUAUUUCAUUUGAUCACUUUUACAAUAGCCUCGCUUUGGAGCUUGCCUGGAUACAUUUUAACAUUAACAUUUAACAGUCUGAAUAUUCUUUUGCCAGACAAAUAUAGUGGACGAAGUAUGAAUGGUGGAGAAAAUAUACCAAUGGCGGAAGGGAACAACGCUGCAAACGCUUGAAAGCAACUUGGAAUCAUUCUUUCAAAGAAAUUGAAUGCUGACUUUGGAAGUUCAUGGUAUAUCACAAGUUAUAGUUGUCAGCUAAUUCUUGCUGCAUGAUUGGGCCGUCUUUAGUCAUUUUCUCUUUACGUGUUGCGUUUCCAACAACUGGAAGAGUCGGGGAAAGGCUUGUUGAUACAUCAUAUAACGAACCUCAGUCAGUGGUAGCUAGGUGUGGAAGAUGUUACCGGUGUUGCGACUCCCCUUUAGUCAAUUUUGCCAUUUAUGGGUUCUUUACUCCUCCUCUUUGCUACAACUUUGGUUCACAACCCCUCUUUGACGAUUUCCGGGAUCCGCUCCUGUUUGUGAUUAUAAACUUUAAUGGAGAGAGUGAAAGUGCAAGAUAACAGACGGACACUCUGUAAAUUAUGCAGCUUCUGUAACAAUCAAUACAGAUUAUUUUAUAUGUACAUUUCCAUGUGAUGUUGUGGACCUCUUGAUAUGCAUUUAAUAUAGUAUACUAGCUAUACUAGUACAUGUAUAUUAUCUAUUUUGUAGCCACCGUGCGUACCCUAUUUAUAUCUGAAUGAAUCCUAGAACAAAGGAUUAGAAAUUUUCCAAUGUUCAAAUGCACAAUUAAUUUUUUUUCAACACUCAAUGGAUUUAAUCUUUUGAUGAACAAAUGAUGAAGGUCUCUUUUUGACUUCUAUCCAAUUCUAAGUGAUAAUGACAUUUUCGAAAACCUCCAUCACGAAUCUAGGUUGUGAACCAGAAUUUGUCUAAAAAUUAUAAGUUUACUAUAGCAAAUGUAGAAAUACUUACUACAUAGCAAAUGAAACCAUAGGAUUGUGUCAAGUUAUAGAUUCGAUUAUUCUUUACCUUCAUAUCUGUAAUAAUUAUACUGUAUAUAAGUCGUAUGUUAUUUUAUUACAUUUGUGCAGUUACACAUUUACAUUUACGCUCUCUCAAAGUAGAUACCGGUGUUUAUCAGUAUAUGCUAAGAUGAGUUUAUAAUAGUUUUCCGUUUUGCUUGCUUUAUAUGCAUUAUUUCAUACAUGUAUAUGCUCACUGCAGUAUUACUAUUUUUCAUUUCAUUGUUAAUAGAAAAAGGUUUUGAUUAGUGUUUCAAGUUAUUUUGUUCUCCUGUAAACAUUUAAUGUCAUCAUUAUUAACCAGGGCAACUUGUUUUUAAAGGUGUAUGGUCCGAAUUUCCUCAAUUUUGUUCAUCUUGUAAAACACCGUUAAAUCAUUAAACAUACGUAUUUAUGAGGUUGUACGACACGUCAUACAUUAUUUUACCUGUUUUAACCAUAAAUACUUGGUCUUAAAUUGGUGUUUUCAAACAAAUGUUACUUCAUAUUUAGAAGACAAAUAAAGUGAAAGUCACGUGUCCAGUACAAACUUUCAGAGGUAAUAUCAUCGGUGGUGUUAUCUGUGUAUAGCUGUGUAUUUUGAGACAACAGUUCUGUGCCAUAAAUAUAAAUAUUAAAUAACUCUUAUUAAGUCGUUGCUUUACUCUAUUUUAAUCAUAAAUGUAGACAGUUGCGUCUAAGUUAUCAUUAUCUCGCCAGAGGGCGCGUAACGCAAACUUCACUUACACCAGUGUCCACGCUUGAAAUUAUGUGGCAAUAAAAUAACAUGAUAAAAACAGUCUUUCGCUUUAAAGUUUAGGCAACAGGUGAUACAUCAGGCUCUUUUCCAAGUUUUAUUCUUUUUAGAGCCUUUUUAAACUUUCGAUUCCGUGUUUACAUCAAAUCUCCAGCACGUUGAUGUCCUACAUAUUUAUACGCGUGUUACGAAUUAGUUCCAGCGAUUCAUGAUCAGAAAACAGAAAAUUUAAACAUUUACCUGUAAAGAUUAAAUUGAAUGCACCAAAAGCAUUACAUAAUAUGACUAAAUAUUUAAUCCAGAACACGAAUAAUACAUAUUAAAAUGUUUUACAAGAUUUCUGUAAAAAAGUUGACUGUUGACUGAUUUGUGCUAUUUUACACCUUGUCGUAUUUUCGUUAUUGUAAUUUAACAAUCUUUCAUUCACAAAUAAGUGGAUGGGAUUGGGCAGCAGACACAGCUUAUUUUAGCCUUCUCCUUACAUCAAAGUCACAAUGAAUCAAACACAUGUAGGUAUAUGUUGUAAAUGCAAGGUGAAGAUAACGAACAGUGAUCAAUCUCAUAACUCCUAUAAGCAAUACAAAUUAGAUAGUUGGGCAAACACGGACCCCUGAACACACCAGAGGUGGGCUCAGGUUCCUAGGAGGAGUAUGCAUCCCCUGUUGACCGGUCACACCCGCCGUGAGCCCCAUAUCCUGAUCAGGUAAACGGAGUUAUCCGCAGUCAAAAUCAGUGUGCUAAAUGUGAUAAAAUAUUUAGCAGCAAGAUGUAUUUGUGAAGCAGUGAUGCCCCCGGAUUACAACAUUUCAGUAAAUAAUGCACAUGCUAAAUAUGAAAGCAGUCUUUUACCGUUUUAAAUAUAUGGAUGAUAUCAGAAUUCUUUAAAAGUAGGUCAAAUGUCAAGAUAAAGUUCACCAGGUCAAAGAUUUUGGUACCAAUUGAAAGGGUUUGCUACAAGAUUUACAAAUGCCAGAUAUGAAAACUGUACCUCCCAAGUUGUAUAAAAUAUCAAAACGUGAUGUGGUAUAUAUUGAUAGCAGUAAAUGAUGUGGUAGAUAUUGAUAGCGGUAAAUGAUGUGUUGGAUAUUGAUAGCGCUAAAUGAUGUGGUAUAUAUAGAUAGCGGUAAAUGAUGUGGUAAAUAUUGACAUAGUGGUAAAUGAUGUGGUAGAUAUUGAGAUCAGUAAAUGAUGUGGUAGAUAUUUAUAGCAGUAAAUGAUGUGGUAGAUAUUGAUAGCGGUAAAUGAUGUAGAUAUUGAAAGAGAUAAAUGAUGUGGUAGAUAUCGAUAGUGGUAAAUGAUGUGGUAGAUAAUGACAGCAGUAAGGUCGUUAUAACGAUUUAGUUCGUCAAUACAACCUAUCAUUGGGUCAAAUGCUGUCUGGCGUGUUUCAUGCCAAUUGUAAGGCCGUUCUUGGCACACUGAUUUUGACCACGGAUAACUCCGUUUACCUGAUCAGGAUAUAAGGGCUCACGGCGGGUUUGACUGGUCGACAGGCGAUUCUUACUCCUCCUAGGCACCUGCUCCCACCACUGGUGUGUCCAGGAGUCCGUGUUUGCCCAACUAUCUAUUUUGUAUUACUUAUAGGAGAUAUGAGAUUGAUGACUGUUCGUUAUCUUCACCUUUCAUUUAAUCAUCGAGCUUUUUAUUGGAUUCCUUUGUGAACUUUUAUUACAUUGAAUGGUAUGAUGCAGUAUGUAAUAACAAGAUUCCACUGAAUAUCAGGAUUCUGCUCUACUGCACCCCUUCCAGAAAUGAACUGUAGUGUUGAAAAAUCAGGAAAAUUUCACAAUCGAUAAUCAGUCAUAAUCGAAAGAACUGUUUCGAUCAAUGAUCAAUAUAAUCGGUGUUUACAUGUAGUUAAUAAUGUUUAUUAUUUUUAACAAGGUAUUUCAGAAUAAUUAUAUUACCCAGAAAGCAAUUAAAUUUUGAUUUCAGCCGUAGUGCAUGUUAGUUAGUAAAUAAAUACAUUAAUUUUCCUACAGAGUGAUGCACUAACUCAGGGUAGUACGUUUUCAUUUCAAGAAAAAAAAAUUUGUUACGUUUUACACUUAAUCAAUAAGCUUUGAAUGUAAUCGUAUUAAUGAAAUGUUCUCAGUGUUUAUUUUUGUUUUUGUUGUUUUAUCUUAUUGUUUACAAGUUGUGUUUUAUGUUUGUAUUUUCAUGUAGUGACGAGGGUUACUUCGCUAAAUUCUAUGCCAGGUGUUAUGGCCAAUUUAACAUUGUACCAACAUUUUUCCGGAUUUUUCAGUUCCAUAUUUUCCCGGAUUAAUUUGAAUGUUUCAAUAUCCGGUUUAGCUUGGAUUUUACAAUUUUCGCGGGUGCACGAGCUUUAGUACAAUUUACCAGCCAUUCUUAGAUUACUAGUCACCUGUGCUGAAGACCCUAUAUUUUUUCUAUGAGAGAAACUUCUAAGAUGGUAAGUUAAACCUGACAUUUUAUAUGCAAAUUAUUCUACAAGAGAAUUUAUGUACAUAUUGUUGUUAACUGAAUGUUUACAGCGUGUUUACUUGCGAAAGUGCAUUUUGGUAACAUGUUUAGAGUGCACGUUUGUUAGAAAAUUCAUAGCUUUAUCGUAAUGUUUGCAAAGUAUAUGAUAAUAUGUUUCAUAUGUUUCAUAUUAAUUUUCAUAGUAUUGAAAGACAUAGAAUUGUGCUGUGAAACUUUAGGUGUGAAUUUUUUGUGCACUCUGCAAUUUUCAUGUAUUGAUAGAAAUGUUUUCCUCUAGCUAUUUAUGUGUAAUAUUAUGUAGUUUCUAGGAACAUAAAUUUUUUACUUUCUAGUCUGAUGAAAUUGUUUUUUGGACAUUAUGUACUGGUUUUCUAGAGUACAAGUGUAGAGUAUUUACUGUAAACAAUGUUACUUACUGAGGUUGAUAGAGUAUUUGUUUACUAGGAUAACAUUUACCAAAUGUUAGGUAAUUUGUCUUUGCUAUGAAAUACUUUAUUUAUUUUUUGUUUUGUAUAUUUGCAGUAAAUAACACCACACGACCACCACACAUACACAUGGAUGUUGUAUAAUUGGAUCAUGCUUACUAGAAUUAAAUAAAGUGUGUGCAUUUACAA